GAUUGGCGAGACUGGAACUGGACUAACGGACUGUCCCUUGAUGGAUUCUGAGUUUUCUAUCUCCGGAAUUCAAUUGGGUGUAUGCGCAUGUCUGAUUGUGAGAUUGUGUGUUAGUUUGUGGUGAUGUGUGGAUGUGAUUUAGGGAAUGUCUGCCUUGCUGUGCCAUAACUAUUUCUGUCUUCUUGCUGUUGGAUUUUGAUUUUGUUAUUUCAAUGUAUGGCAUUACUGGCCGGUGUUUUUCCUUGUGCUGCCCAUGUCUGCCGUGCACCCGGUCUUGGGGUUAACCCUUAGUGUGCCGCAGGCAAGAUGAGUGACAGCUCUUUGAACAACUCAGGGGCUAUGGUGCUGGAGGAGCCAGAGGGACGGGGUGGCUCUUGUGGACGUGAACAAGGCCAGGCCCCUGUGCGAGGUGGGGUAUUAAGGUGUGGGACCUGCACCCUUUGGCCUCGCCAGCAGACAUGGCUCUGCGUGGUUCCACUUCUCAUUGGCUUCAUAGGCCUGGGGCUCAGUUUGAUGCUGCUCAAAUGGAUCGUAGUGGGUUCGGGGAGAGACUACUUGCCAACAGACUUGGUGGAUGCCAAGGGUAUUGGCCAGGACCCCAUAUUUCUUUCUAAGCCUAGCACUUUUCCUAAGGGAUCUGACACAACUACCACCACCACUAUUGGAGGGGUCAGCUCAAUCAGCUCCACUGUCACCACAGUGGUUCGGGGCAGAACUCGAACAGGAAGCCCCCCAAACAUUCCCGCUAUAGGUGGCGGGGCAUCAGGCAGCCAGGUGACACAGAAAAGCCCCUCUAUGCACUUUGUCACGCGCAAUCCCACCUUUGCGACCACCGUGGCCUCCACCACCAUGUCUACUGUCCAAACGUCCACCUCGAGUCCCUCUCCCUCCAACCCCACCGUUCUAAAUGACUCCACCCAAAUGUGGACCAGAGAACAACCAUCCACUGAGAGGCACGUGACCAUGCCUGGUCAAACACAUGUCAGCCAAAAGACACCAUCACCAACUCUACCGCCUUUGAAAUCGGAGCAUUUCAAGCCAUGUCAGGAGAAAGACCUGGCCUACUGCCUGAAUGAGGGGGAGUGCUUUGUCAUCGAGACCCUGAGCGGCCCACACAAACACUGCAGGUGUAAAGAGGGCUUCCAGGGUAUUCGCUGUGACCAGUUCCUGCCCAAGACUGACUCCAUUCUGUCUGACCCAAUGGAUCACUUGGGUAUUGAAUUCAUGGAGAGCAAGGAUGUGUACAAAAGACAAGUGAUGUCUAUCACAUGUAUUGCCAUGGGGAUCAGCUUUCUAGGCACCCUGUGUAUAGCUCUCUACUGUCGGAACAAGAGUCGGAGAGAAAAACUCCAGGCCCACUUGAAAGAGAGCCGCAACCAGAAAAACUACAGCCUCAACUCUUCAAGUCUGACCCCCAAGCCCAGCCUCAGGCCACAGCAAGGCCUGCAGCUCCAGAAAUAUUAUAAACCCACAAAGUCCACACCACCUUAUAUAGGCACUGUUCAAGAAUCCAGUUUUGCUCAGAACACUGAUGCCUCUACUGAUCUACAGAGAAAACAUCCCAGGAGCCAUUCCUUCUGUCACAGUCCAGAUCAAAUCCGUCAUCCUGCUCUUCAGUCUGCUUCUCGCAAAACUCCACCCAUAACCAGAGGAUGUCUCAAUGCCAUUGGAGGAUCACGAGAGUCUGGUCCCUCCUACCAGCACCUGCAGGAAGUAGACAGCUCAGAGAGGGAGUCAGAGAGAAGGAAAAUCUUGGGCCCAGUAAACGACCUACAUCAGGAUUCUUUUUACAAUAUGCAAGCUUCACAAUCCUCUAAAUCAUGGGGCAAUCACUUAGACCACAGGUCUGCUAGGAGCCUCAGGUCAAGCCCCUGUAGCCAAAGUCCUCCUGCUCCAUACCGACCCUGCUCUAUUCCCAUCAUCCCCUCUGUCCACUCCUACCAGGACGAGGUAUCCUGUAUGCAAACAGCUACUACUAAUGGAAGCAGCCACAGUUCAUCUCCCCUGGAAAGCACAGUGGAUGGUUCUGCUGUCAAUCAACAAUCUAACACAACAAUGUCCAAUAGAGUGGCUGGUAGACGAGCAGAAGUGGCCUCUCUACUAGACGAGGCACAGGAACAGCUGAGAGCCCUAGCACAUGCCAAGAGGAAACAAGAGGAAGUCAAUGGCUCCAUCCCUCAGUGGGCCAAAGAGACUGUGUGUAUCCUUUUAGCAAAUGGAGGUGGGCAAGGGGGAGUGGCUUCUUUUGGCCCUACAGAGACUCAUUUAGUGAGCCUGAGAGACACACACAAAGAUGCUACAAAGCCUUGCCAGUGAGAGGGUUUAAGAUGGGUCAAACGGAAUAACCGCAAAUAUCCCUCGUGUUUUGGACAGCAGACUUCAGAGUGCCCUGCCAAACUGGGAUACCACUGAUCCUAUCAUUCAAUUUCUGAGGACUGUGAGUAGAAGAAUAAGAGAGUCUUGAAUAUGUGAAAAUAAUUUAUUUAUAUGCAUUUAUUUAAGGAGAAACUUCUACUUAGAAAAAGAAACCAAAUAGUCUGUCAUCUCCAUGCUGUUUUUAACUGUAUACAAUUUACAUAAAUAUAUAUAUAAAUGGAUAUGAAUAUAUGAAUUCAAACUGGUGACCAAGUACAAAAAAAAGGAAUAUGGGAAUGAGAAACUUUAUUUAAUGUAUUAGCUCCUCCACAUCUUUAAAGACUCAGUGCUCGGUGCUUAAAAAAAUGACAAAAGGAAAAAGAAAAAAAAAUAUUUUUUCAUUUGUUCCACUCCAUAUUUCCAGCCAACCUAAGCUUGUCCAACACACAAUCUUGUGUUUUGCACCUGCAACAGCUGUGUUUACUACUUUAUCACCCACCCAGUCACUGUCCACUGCCUGCCAUGGAAUAUGGUUCCAUUUGCCUUGAAAACAUUGCAAACAGAACAUGGAUUACAAUGAGAUGGAACUUCUAAACGAUAAUCGUAUGCAGGCAUGAGGUGACUGAAAGUUAAGCACUGCCUUCAAGUCAUCGAUUGGAAAAAAUUGGUGUGUCUAUGUUUGUGGAGUAAUCUGCAUUGUUUUCUGUGCCUCAGUGCGUUCACUCCUAAUUAAUUUAGGUUCCGUUUUAAGUAAAGAUAAGCUAAGUGAACCGAGCACAUCAUAAUGCACACCACCUGAGAUGCACAAACGUAACAUGACCCCUCUGAAUGGAGAGGGGUGAUUCCUGCCCAGGAUACCAGGGGGCAGGCUCAACCUACACGAGGAGCUUAGUUUAUUUUAUUCUUUUACUUCUUUCUUAUGGAAUGAACUGCUGCUUACUGAAAAAUUAGAAGGUGGGUUAAAGCAGUGGUCACAAUGAGUAUGUAUGCUAGCUUUGGAUUGGGUAAGAGAGAAAAAAGAGAGAAUUGUGGUGAAACUGUUUCUUUGUUUCUUGUUUAUGACCCCCAAUUCACACAAUUGUGCAGGUUGAUGGUAUUGUUUUGCAGAGUUAAGCCACGAAGACAGGCAGCUCAUGGGUUUGUAAUACUCUUUGAUAAAUGUCAGAAUUGUAUUUAGAAGUUACAUGCCCUUAAUGAUUUACAUGGAGCAAAAGACAUCAUAAUUGACAUGUCUGCUGAUUUCAACCUAAAUCCUGGUGUAUCAACUUUAAAAACAAAUGAAUGGUCUGUUAAGUUUAUAGGUCAGUCUAAAUAGUACAGAUUCAGUAUGAUCAAUGGCUGCAUUAUGUCAUAUUGAGUGGUUGUUCAUCCUUCUUUCUGCAUUUCUGUCUUUUUGUUUUAAUGUACUGUUGUUCCUCUUCAAACAUUUUUAAGACUGCCAGAUGUGGCUCUGUUUUUAGGCAUCCUUCUUUGUCUUCAAUGCAUCUUGAAAUUAUCUUUCAUCAGAAAAGCUGUGUCCAACCUACCAACCAUAACCAAAAGCUAAGAUAAAACAAAACGUAUGCUGGUAAGAAAGCAAAGUAAAAGUUUGUCUGUGGUGGAGAGGGGCUGUAAGGGCAUACAGAUAAGAUUCUCACUUGAUCUUGUAAGACCUUACCCUGGCUGAGGCAAUGCCACCAUCAGUGAAUAGCUACGUGGACAGCAUGUCUAUCAAGCUAUGCUAUAAAACCCCACCAUCAUCAUGUCAAAGGGUGUUGUGGUGCCAUGCUACUCUCCGGGGUAAACGCACAACUUCCACAUGCUCCAUUGAGAGUGAGAGCCGCUAAUCGCAAUCACAAGGAAUUUACCCCAUAUGACUCUACUCUCCCUUGCAACUGGGCAAAUUUGGUUGCAUAGGAGACCUGGCUAGAGUCACUCAGCACACCCUGGAUUCGAACUCACAACUUCAGGGGUGGUAGUCAGCAUAAAUACUCGCUGAGAUACCCAGGCCCCCCAUGCAUUGCAUGUCUUAAAAAAAAAAAGUGUGGCCUUUAAUUACAUUUUUUUUCUACCUCAAUUGAAAAGUAUUUAAUAGAGUUUACAACAUCAAUUAUUACAGUAAACUUAGCAUUUUUGAGUCAGAGUCUUAAAUACACUUUGUUUUAAGUGACUAAUUUCUGCAUCAACCUCCAUAUCCUUUCUGCUUUCAAAUCAAUUGCCUUUUCAUUUUCACUUAGCUUUUAUGGAAAACGUUUGAGUUAAAACUAUUGUCAUUUUUUGGUGGUCAGUUUUUUUGAUUGUUCUUUUUUCAUAUUGUAUAAAUGUUUUCGUUUACUAGGCAGGUGGUUAAGUCAUGCUAAAAGUCCAAUAUUAAGUGUUUAAAACUUCACUGAUGCCACUGAAAUGAUGCCACAUUACUAACUGAUCUAUAAAACAGACUCAUUCAUAUCCAGGUAGCAGCAAAUUAACUGUUCUCUGUGUUACAGCUGAAGUUAAUUUUACAUUGAAAUGUUUCUUUUGAGCUGGAAAAUAUUUUGUUUACAAGUGCUUGAGUAGAUUGAAAUAUGUUUUUGCACAGUAAUUACAAUGUAUGGUACUUUAUACUGUAAUUUUGACUUAUUCCAGACUGUAUGGUACAGUAUAUGUACUUAAUGAAAUAAUUACUGAAGACUGUAUAUUGAAGGGACAUUUUUGCAAGACCUGUUUCGACAGUAUGCAUACUAUGUUACACAAGUGCAAGUGAAAUUUCAUGGUUCUGUAUAACAGCCCCUUGACAUGUGCAAUUUCAAACUCGAGAAAGGAAAUUUCAUGUGAGAAAUUA